CUCAGUUCCGCCUUUGAUCAUACUAUCUAAACAUCGGAAUCACACUUCUCUGGUGAAUUGCGUUUCUUCGUCGUCGUGCUAGUCUGCGGUAAAUUUCGAUACAAGACACAGAAUCAGAGGUGCGUAAUUCGUUUUACCAAACCUUGCACACAAGGUGUUCGACGAUUUGUCUCUGUGAAGCCAACCACCUACACUUUCAGAAUUGAUCUCCUUUCCUCCAAUGGCUUUGACGGUUUUGAGAAGAAAUUGGCUCCGUUUGCCGGGUUUCGCUUCUGUUUCCCGACCACCAUCGCAUUGUUUCUCCUCGAGAUUUUCCAAUAGCAAAACUGGAAAGGAUACAGUGACUGGUGGGUUGAGUGGUUGUGGUAUAGAUACAGUGGAUGAUGAGUCUUGGCAUGUCUCAUCAUCUUUAUCACAAGCCUGGAGACAAUUUCAAGCUGACACUCCAAAAGCCUCUCCCUUUACAAUACAAGAAGGAAGAGAAACAAAGCUUGAUGAUGAAUAUCCUGAUCAAGAUCAUGAUCAUGAUGAAAUCGAUAAUAUGAGAAUUCGUGGUGAUCUUUUCUUCAAACUCGAUCGAGGGUCAAAAGAAUUCGAGGAAUACAACUACGACUUCCACCGCAAGAAUCAACACAAGAACGCAAGAAAAGAGCAAAACCAAGAAGAAGAAGAAACAAAGAUGAAGAAGAAGAAGGAAGUGCGUGAGGAAUACAAGAAGAGAAAUGAGCCGAUGAUCAACUCUUUUACCGGCGAAACAGAUCAUCCUAAUAAUGCAGUAGCUGAGAAGAAGAGAGAAAGAACGUUUACGUUUAACCAACUCACAGCACCUUUUCACUACCCGUUUUGCUUAGACAUAUACAUCUCAAAGGCCUCGGUUCGUGCAUGUGUGAUUCACAGGGUGACUAGUAAGGUUGUCACUGUAGCUCAUUCUAUUUCAAAAGACAUGAAGUUCGAUCUUGGCUCGACUAGAAACGCUGAAGCUUGUGCUGCGGUUGGUGCAGUUCUCGCUCAAAGAAGCUUGGAAGAUGACAUACAUGACGUUAUAUACACUCCUAGGAAAGGAGAUAAAAUCGAAGGUAAGCUUCAGGUUGUGCUUCAAGCUCUUAUUGACAAUGGUGUUAAUGUUAAAGUGAAGCUUAAGCAGAGGAAACUCAAGAAGAAGACUAAUCAUCUAACAUAGAGGUUCUUCUCUCCUUAGAAAAAUUAAGAAGAAG